UCGCCGCGCCGUGUGCGAAAACCGAGAGGGCCGCGAGCGGGGCGGGCGCGUCGGGGCCGGGCGUGCAUGAGACUUGGCCCUGCGCUCGCGGGGGGACUCUCGGCUCCGGCCGCGGACCGCGCGCCUCCCAGCCCGCCUGCCCGCCGGGACCGCCCGGGCCGGCCCGACAUGGACGUGCUCCCGAUGUGCAGCAUCUUCCAGGAGCUCCAGAUCGUGCACGAGACCGGCUACUUCUCGGCUCUGCCGUCCCUCGAGGAGUACUGGCAACAGACCUGCCUGGAGCUGGAACGUUACCUCCAGAGCGAGCCCUGCUAUGUUUCAGCCUCGGAAAUCAAAUUUGACAGCCAGGAAGAUCUGUGGACCAAAAUCAUUCUGGCUCGGGAGAAAAAGGAGGACUCUGAACUGAAGAUUUCCUCUAGUCCUCCCGAGGAACCUCUGAUCAGCCCGAGCUUUAAUUACAACUUAGAGACCAACAGCCUGAACUCAGAUGUCGGCAGUGAGUCCUCCUCCGAUAGCUCCGAGGAGCUUUCGCCCCCUGCCAAGUUUGCCUCUGACCCCAUUGGCGAGGUUUUAGUCAAUUCGGGAAAUCUGAGUUCCUCUGUUACCUCCACACCGCCAUCUUCUCCAGAACUGAGCAGGGAGCCUUCUCAACUGUGGGGGUGUGCACCCGGGGAGCUGCCCUCCCCGGGGAAAGUGCGCAGUGGGACUUCAGGGAAGCCUGGCGACAAGGGGAAUGGAGACUCCUCCCCAGACGGCAGGAGGAGGGUGCACAGGUGCCACUUCAAUGGCUGCAGGAAAGUUUACACCAAAAGCUCCCACUUGAAAGCGCAUCAGCGCACGCAUACAGGAGAAAAGCCUUACAGAUGCUCAUGGGAAGGGUGUGAGUGGCGCUUUGCAAGAAGUGAUGAGUUAACCAGACACUUCCGAAAGCACACCGGUGCCAAGCCUUUUAAAUGCUCCCACUGUGACAGGUGUUUCUCCAGGUCUGACCACCUGGCCUUGCACAUGAAGAGGCACCUCUGAGGGGACAGAGAGGUGAACCCUGUGGGCUAAGAGGCUUCCAGGCUGCGAGACGGCCAUGGAAGGAGGGAUGCGUGUUCCAGCCAAAGCAUGCCACUUUGCACCCUGCCCAGCUGGCCCCAGGGCCUCUCCUCGGAAGGUCUUUUGAGGGCUAAAAAAGUCAUGUGAGAAGCGGCGUGACACCCGUGGUGCGUGGUGUGUGGGUGGCCCUGGACUCGCCACUGGUUCCUGACCUUCCGAGUGGCUCCGAAGCCUUUGCCGUGAGCGUGCGCCCUGAGAAUGUCUGUGGUUGGGUUGGCUGAAUGUUGAGGGUCCAUUUCUGACUGUAUGGUGAGGCAGACUUUUUUUCCUUAUGGUGACAAAACUACAAGGGGCAGAAAAAAAGAGUCGUUUGAAUGUUUUGAGUGUGAAGAGUCUACCACAAGAUGAGGUGACCACCAAUCAUUUCCUGGGGGAGGGGGGUGUCUGCACCUUAGAAAAAAAACAAACAAAAAAAGAACAAAAACAAAAAAGAAGGAAAAACUUGCAAGGUGGGAGUGGGAACUCAGGACCCAGUGUGGCCUGUGGUGUGGCGUGGGGAGCAGGCGCCCCCACCCCUGUGUGAGGAGCCUGGUGUCUGGAGCAGCUGUUAAACGCCCAGUGUGUCAAGGAGCUUGUUCCGCUCGCUCGCUCGCUCGCUACAACAGAGCUCAUUUGUAACCCAUUGUAUAAGCUGUGUAUUUACAAAUAUAACACAAUGGUAAGUUCUCCUUAUGAGACAGAAGUCAUGCGUGGUCUGGGGAACUGGAUGCUUUCUGUGUUUAAGUCAGGACUGUGAUGUCAGUUCCAGGGAACGGCAGCUAAGAUGCAGGUGGUCUCGCACAGGGCCCCCGCCCAUCUGGGCCUGGCAAGACACACUUUUUUUUCCCUUCAAUUUUGUAAACACUCCCCUUUCCAGAAAGGCAUUGUGCAGCAUAGGGUUAUUUUUUAAAUGAUUCUGAACCUGAAUUAACUUUUUGGAGAAUUUCGUGAUGCCCUUUGAAGAAGUUAGACACGCGUUGAGUGUCAAGAAGUCUCCAGGGCAGGGAAUUGCUGGUCUGAUGUUACAUUGGACUAAGAACCUAAAAUCUUUCUCAGUUGAGUGGAUGAAACCACUAACGUUUAGAAACUUUUCUCAUGCAGCUGCGUUUCUCUCAUUUAUGCCUUGAGGACUAAUUCCCAGUUUUCUAGCUGUUACUGCACUGUUCAUCUUCAUAAUGGUGCCUUACGCAAGUGACCCCUGCGGGGGGGUCUCGGACAGGGGUGUGGGUGACGCGUGCUUUAUUCAGGCUCUCUUUUCACCUGGCAUUGUACUGUAUCAAUGUAUAAUACAGAAAAACAAACCCUCGCUACGGUCCUCCUUCACAAACACAAACGGAUGAAAACUCCCUUAACACGUCAGUAUCUGUUCAAUAUUUUAGACACCUGGAUUGUCAGUGUUAAAAUGGAAAACACACAAUAAUUGAAAAAUCUGACCAAUUCUGCCACCUUGAGACGUUCAUACAGACCUUGCACAACAAUUGUAUAGAUCACACACCGGCUGUAUUUAAUAUGUAAUAUUUUCACACAUAUUAAAGAUGCAGAAGUAUUAAAAAAACCCCAAUGUUAAUGUAUUUGCUUAAAUAAGGCACAAGUUUCACAUAUCUAUCUAGUUCUCUGUUGGUAAAUACAGAAAGUAUACUACUUUUUUUAAAAAGUGGGCGGAAUUCUUGUGUCUGUAUAUUUGUGUGUACAGUAUGUGUAUGUGUGUAUAUAUAUAUUAUAUAUAUAGAUAAUAUAUAAAUAUUUUUUUUAAGGAGAGACUAGAAUGUUUAGCUAGAAAAUUCCACAGCCUGUGAGGAAAUAUUUCAACAUGGCCAUAAAGGAGGUGAAAAUGAAAACUGUAACUUUUAUAUAGGUUUAUCUUUAAUUUAAUGAUUUGCUGAAGAUGUUCCCGGCGUUAAAUCUCUUCCAGUCUGCCAACUGUGCCCGUCAUCGCUGGCAGGUCUGGAAUGGGGCACCACUGGCCAUUCAGAGGUAGCCUGAACAGAACCCUGGGCCCCAGCUGGACUCAGACACACUUUAGUUUUGUUUGAUUUUGAAUUUCGACCUUAUUAGAAGAUCUGACCUGAGUAUGCUAAUCACAGGAUUCUUCUCUAGAACACUUUUUAUGCAGAUGAAGCUGUUUUUUUUCUAGCAUGUAGGUUCUUCCAGUUUUUCCCGAGGAGUAAUUUCCCCAAAUUGGCAUGCCACGGCGUGGACAGCUGACACUCCACAGCUGCCAACGUGGGUGAGGAUCUUUCCUCAUAUACAUACAUAUAUAUAUACAUAUAUAUAUACACGUGUGAGUCUGGCUGGGUUGGUAUUUUGUUUGAUCUUCCUGGAAAUGAGCAAUGAUGAAAGCUCACAUAACCUGGAUAUAUAUAUUUUUUUUAAUCUGGGCUGAUGAAUACAUUUUACCUUAAAAAACUCAUUUCAUUUUGCUUAGGGGGAAAAUGCACUUUUCUUUUGGCAAGUCAAAAUGCAAGCACCGGAUCUGCUGCGUUUUGAAAAACUCCUUUUUUGGCCCUGCUUUGUGCUUAGCCAUAACAAUUCCAUUAGGCAAGAAGGUAAACAAAAGACAAAAAAAAACUUGCACUGGCUUGUCUCACUUACGAAACCCCCAUCAGAGCUGUCCGCCCGGUGAGGCUGGCACCAUGCACGCCAAUGCCUGUAAUUUCCAUAACAAGUGGGUACCUAAGGAAGUACAUUCUGUUCAGGUGAUAACUGAGCCUCAAUCAAGCAGAAACUUUUUGCUUGAAAUUAAAAAAAAAAUUUCUAUUAGUGAAAUUUUCUUUCUUUUUUUUUUUUGGAAGCACCCUGUUAUCUAAAGAAUCUUUGUAAGAUUUUUGUAAAAUUUUGUUUUACAAGAUUUUAUUUGAAAUUGUUUUUUGCAAGAUUGUUAUAUUUCUGUAUGAAUGUAUUUUUUAUUGGAAUAACAUAAAAGAAUUCUUAUCAGCA